AUGUUCUUGGGGCAGUCCCCCCAAAGGGAACAUCCCCAAAAGAGCAGGAAGCAAUUUAAAGAGAACAAUACCUCACUUCCCAAAAAAGGGGCUUUAAUUCUUUUUUCCUCAGAAGAAGAAUCUCAAACAAAAUCAAAGCCGGACAGUGACAAACUGAACUCCCUCGGUGUGCCUUCCGUUUCAAAGAGAGUAGUGCUGGGAGAUUCAGUCAGUGGAGGAGCAGCUGACCAGUCCGGUGGUGUGGAUCCAGGAAUGCAGCUGGGGGACAAACUGGACUCGUUGGUUAAACCACCAGAGUGCAGUAGUGAUGAUGGGGUUGAGCUCCGACAGCGCAACAGAAGUGACCUGACAGACCCGGCCCAGAGGGCGUCUCACCACAGCCUAGAACAGUACCUUUCCAGAUUUGAAGAGGCCAUGAAACUUCGAAAACAGCUGAUCAGCGAGAAGCCUAGUCAGGAGGAUGGAAGUACAACCGAAGAAUUUGACUCUUUCCGAAUAUUUAGAUUGGUGGGGUGUGCACUUCUUGCUCUUGGCGUCAGAGCUUUUGUUUGCAAAUAUUUGUCUAUAUUUGCUCCAUUUCUUACUUUACAACUUGCGUACAUGGGACUAUACAAAUAUUUUCCCAAGGGUGAAAAGAGGAUGAAGACCACAGUGCUGACGGCUGCACUGCUGCUGUCUGGAAUUCCUGCUGAGGUGAUAAAUCGGUCCAUGGACACCUAUAGCAAAAUGGGUGAAGUCUUCACAGACCUGUGUGUAUACUUUUUCACUUUCAUUUUUUGUCACGAACUGCUUGAUUUUUGGGGUCCUGAAGUACCCUGAAACCCAAACAACUCAAAAGACGUUUACAAAAUGAAAACAAUUUCUCUACUGCACUGCAGUGUCUCUAAAAGGGGCAAAUUAGUUUAUACCUUCAUGGAAUUCUGUUACUUUACAGGAAAUCAAUUUAUUAGUUUCCCUGAUUAAAAGGGUUGAAUUUGUAUCACUACUGUUAUGAGUAAUCAAAUAGUAACAAUGUCAUUAACAAUUAGAAGUGCAGUCUUCACCUUUCCCCUAACUUCUGAGAUUUAUAAUCCCUUUUGUGGAACUGUGCUAGUACUUUAGGGGAGGAGAAAACAUGGUCUCAGCCUGCCUACAGGACCACACCUUCUGUUUGUGUCCUUCUGUCCUGAGAAGUGAAACCAUCCUAAAAUAAAGUGAAUGCAAUUCAA